CACAAGAUGUCGCCAUUGUUGAGUUUAUUUUUGACAAAAAAAACACCAAAAGAAUCGUUUGUGUAUAAAUAGUAUCAAAUGAUCAAGGUUCGAUCCGAUCAAAUAUUGAAAACAUAAACAAAAGUGACCAAAACAACAAAAUCGCCAAAAAAAAAAACAAUCCAAAUGAAUUUAAACGAAUUCAUAUUAUUAUUAUUAAACAUUGUUUAUAAUCAAUUUGCCCUUGUCGUAAUCGUUUCAUUGGGUUUCUUUUUCGUCAUUAUUCUUUAUACAUUUUUCUAUUAUUCGCUUUGAUUUCGAAACAAAACCAAAUCAAAUAUUUCGAAACAUCACAAAAAAAAUCGUGCAAUAUAAUCAUGAAUCUGUAUUAAUCAAGUGCCAUAAAAUUUAUAAUUUAAUCAACAAUACAUAUCGUAGAUUGCUGCUCUUAUCGAUUAUUAUACCAUAGUGAUUAUCAUCACACCACAUUCAUAACAAUAAUAUAUUGUAAUUGGAUUAUUAUUUCUGAAUCUGAAAACAAAAAUGAAUUCCAAAAUUUCUGGUCCAUCAUCAUCAUCAUUUUCGAUGAAUACAGAAAAUGGUAGCCGUAAUGGUAAUGGUGAAGUUUUUCGUUAUACAUCUGUAACUGCUGCACUUGUUUGGCCAAUUGUAAUACGUCCAUUAUUGCAUAAGAUACAAAAAUAUGAUCAAAAUGCAGCCAUCAUAUUAUUACAUGCAUUAGCAAAAGCAGAACAUCGUGAACCAGGUUUUCUUUUACAAUUCUGUCAAAAAAUACUGGCCAUACAUAAUUAUGAUUCAAUUAAUAUGAUUCAAUCAUUGUUACGAUUACAAGCAAGCAUUCCUGAAGCUGAUGAACAACGUUGUCGACGACCAGAAGAAACAUUUCAAGAAUUGAAUCGUCGUACAAUUACAUUGAAACGGAUUCUAGCACGAAUACCUGAUGUUAUCUAUAAUCGACAAUUAUUUUUAGAAACAAUCAGAAAAAUUGCUAGUGCAAUUAAAAAAUUGCUUGAUUGUAUCCAUCAAAAUAAUCUAAAUGGUUAUCUUGCCAAUGAACAAGAUCGACGAUCAGUGGAUAAUCGUCGUCGAGAAUUUAUACGUGAUUCAAAAAAUUUUAGCCAAUCAUUAAAAGAUUUUAUUAAAAAUAAUGACGAAAAGCUUGUAAUGCAAUGUGCAGCACAAUUAAUCUAUGCAAUAAAUGCCAUACAGAAAACGAUUAAAAUUUGUUGUGAUUUUAAUGAAUCAUCAUCAACAAAUGUUAAACGUUGAUUGAUACAACAAUGAAUGGAUUGAUUGGAUGGCCCAUAUGUAAUAACCAUAGCCUGAUUAUAUUACCCGGUACAAAAUAUUUUUGUCUAUCCAUUUUCCUGUGUGUGUGUGUGCAAAAUCCUACAAAAAAAAUUAUUUUUAUUUUG